AUGGCCGACGUCGCAACUCCACCCGCCGCCCAGGCCUCGACCAACGGCGCUGCUGCCCCUCCGGCGAAGCAGCAGGUUGUCAAACCCGACAAGCCCGACGAGGACAAGUACAAGGAGGAGCUCGCCAAGCUGGAGAAGGAGCACGCCGCCGCCCUGGAGAAGCUGAACGCGUGCAAGGCCAAGCUCGACCUCGCCAAGCCCAACAACAAGGACUCGCCCAACGCGAAGCGCCAGCAGGAGCUCAAGACGGAGCUCAACGCCAUCCGCUCGACCCAGCAGGGCAACAAGUCCGGCCGCAACUCCAUCUUCGAGAAGAUCAAGAAGCUCGACGAGCAGCUUAAGCAGCAGCUCAACGAGCUCAAGACGGCCAAGGGCAAGUCCAACUACAAGUCGGCCGAGGAUGUGGACCAGGAGAUUGCCCGUCUGCAGAAGCAGGUUGACGGCGGCAUGAUGAAGCUCGUCGACGAGAAGAAGGCCCUGGCCGAGAUCAGCGGCCUCAACAAGGCCAAGAAGAACUUCUCCGGCUUCGACUCCCAGCAGAAGAAGAUCGACGACAUCAAGGCCCAGAUCGCCGAGCAGAAGAAGUUGCUGGACGACCCGGAGAACAAGGCCCUCUCCGAGAAGUACACCAAGCUCCAGACCGAGCUCGACGGACUCAAGGCUGAGCAAGACGAGGCCUUCAAGAACCUGAGGUCUCUCCGUGAGGAGACCGACAAGGCGCGCGCAGUGCAGCAGGAGAAGUACCAGGCCCGCAAGGAGCUCAAGGAUAACUACUUCCAGCAGCUCCGCGCAUUCAAGAACUACGAGUUUGAGGCUCGCAAGAUCCGCAACGAGAAGAGGCGCCUCGAGCAGCUCCAGUACGUCGCUGGCAAGCGCAAGGAGACUGCCUCCAAGCGUCUUGAGGAAGCCAGCGCACCCGCCUACGGCGACGAGAUCAUUGCCUGCGAGGGCUUGAUCCGCCACUUCGACCCCUCCGCCCUCCCUGCGAAGGAGACCACCGCCGCUAGCAAGUUCGCCGCUUCCGCCCAGCGCACCGUCGACGACUCGGGCCUCAAGGGUACCCGCAUAUCGAAGAAGGACACCGAGGAGGAGAGCUACAUGGCCGGUACUGGUGGCAAGAAGGGAAAGAAGGGCAAGAAGGGCGGCGCCGCUGCUAGCAAGUUCAACUUGAACAUCGGAAUCAUCGAGGAGCUCGCCAAGGUCGGCAUCGACCCCCCAUCAAGCCAGGACGAAGUCCCCGCCACCGUCGAGAAGCUCCAGGCCAAGCUUGCCCACUGGAAAGAGGACCAGGACCGCAAGACCAAGGAGAACAUCGCCAAGGCGCAGAAGGAGAUUGACAAGCUUGAGGCUGAAGAGGCCGCAGAGGACGCCGCCAACGGCAGCACCGACGCCGCUCGCAAGCCCGCCCAGAAGAACCAGGCCGUCAACGGCGACGCAUCCGCCGAGGCUGAGCUUGCACAGGAGAAGGACGCCGCAGCGGACGCUGCUGACGACCUCAAGAAGGCCACGAUCGAGGACAAGGAGACUGCCGCCGACGCAUAG